AUGGGUUUUCGGCAUAAACACUUUCCUGAUCAUGUAUGUCUUCUCAAGAAGUCUCUUUAUGGAUUGAAACAGGCGCCACGUGCAUGCUACCAACGAUUUACAGACUUUGUUAUCACUCUUGGGUUUCGACAGAGUCGUUAUGAUCACUCUCUGUUUGUUUAUCAUCGUGGUACUGAUGUGGCCUACUUACUAAUAUACGUCGACGACGUUAUUCUUACGACAUCUACGGACUAUCUUCGAGAUCAUCUUAUGCGUCGAUUAGGUGAUGAAUUUGCCAUGAAAGAUCUCGGCCCCCUUAGUCAUUUUCUUGGAGUUCAAGUUACUCGAACAGGAAAUUCUAUGUUUCUUUCUCAGCAACAAUACACUAAUGGUAUUAUUGAACGGGCAGGUAUGACUUCUUGUAACCCGGUUGCCACACCCGUUGACUACAAUCCGAAGCUCAGUGCCACGUCUAGCCCCGAGUUUGACAAUCCAACUCAGUAUCGCAGUUUGGCAGGUGCACUUCAAUAUUUGACUUUUACUCGGCCCGAAAUUAGUUAUGCAGUUCAACAGGUGUGUAUGUACAUGCACUCUCCUCGUAUUGAUCACUGGAAUGCUCUCAAACGUAUCAUCCGUUACUUAAAGGGCACUGCCUCUUUUGGGCUUACUUUGGGCUCGCUUGGUGAUUUAUCGCUUCGUGCAUACACGGAUACAGACUGGGCCGGGUGUCCUGACACACGUAGAUCCACAUCCGGGUACUGUGUUUAUCUUGGCUCUAAUUUAUUGUCCUGGUCUUCCAAGCGUCAAGCCGUUGUUUCUCGAUCUAGUGCUGAAGCUGAGUAUCGUGGUGUUGCCAAUGUCAUUGCUGAAUUGUCAUGGCUUCGUAAUCUCCUAUUGGAUCUCCACAAACCAAUGCGUAAGGCCAGCAUUGUCUUUUGUGACAAUAUAAGUGCUGUAUAUCUCUCGGGGAAUCCGGUUCAACAUCAGCGUACUAAACACAUUGAGUUACACAUACAUUUUGUUCGUGAACUAGUUCAGCGUGGACAGGUUCGUGUCCUCCAUGUUCCAUCUCGAUUUCAGAUUGUGGACAUUUUCACUAAAGGCUUGCCUCGUAUUUUGUUUGAUGAUUUUCGGUCCAGCCUCAACAUUCGGCCUCCUCAAGCUUCGACUGCGGGGGUGUAA